AUGUGGGGCUUCUGGGAUCUGGACAGAAGGGAAUCAGAGAAUAAAGAUCUCGUCCGUGGGGUUAAUUUGACGGCAAAACUGAACAAAAGACAGGGCGAGAAGCUUGAGAUGAAGGAUGGUGUCCUUCAGUGCAAGGCGUACAAUGGCGGGAACUCUUCAGCAGGUGUGAGGGCUCAAGCACGCUGCUGCAGACUGUCGGGUCUGACAUGCGAGUACCGGGUGGCAGGUCCGUCUCUCCCCUUUGAAGGGGCGCAAGCGGAGGCCACCUGUCCCAGCAACACUCAGCCUUUUGGAUGUUCCAGCCAUAGCCGUUACCCGGACAUGGAUGGCACGUACCAGGAUGUCAACGCCAGCAGCUGUGUUGCUCAGAGCGGUCACCCUGCACUGGCUGACCCUGCUGCCCGUUCCGGAUCAGUUGUCUUUGCAUCCUGCUGCUCUGGACCAAGUCUUAACUGCAUUCGCGUGACGUCACAAGAGACAGGACUUGUGCGCGGUGACCAGCAGCAGGUCACGUGCCCAUCCUCCUACGUCAUGGUUUCUUGUGCUUACUUUGCUCCGAACGGAAAGAGUGGUGGAGCCAGCAUUGUUCGUGAUGUCAUCGGGAAAGGAGUCCUGCGCGGCAUUAUGGGAGCCAGUAUGAACACGGGGUCAUCAGGGGUCACGGCCACGGCGACAUGCUGCAAAAUGAUCGCAGUCAAUGCAGUGGGCUUUGUCCUAUGUUUCAUGAUUAUGCAUCUCAAUGGAGCCAACUUCUGA